GAAUAUUAUUGCGCACUUCUCACAUGGAAAUAACAUUUUAUGAAAAACUAACAUUUUUUACCAAAUUAUCAAGCUGUUUGACAAUUUAAGAGAGAAUCUGAUACUGGCAAUUACUAAGGACCCCCCAAUUAUUACAAUGGAUUUACUACAGGUCCUGCAAAACUCAGUUUCUACAGUUCAAGAGGAGCUAGAGAAUGCUAACAAAUUUCUGGAACAGGCAGCUGUGCAAAAUUUGCCACAGUUACUGCAACAAUUAUCCGAUGUUCUGAAGCAUGGCGGCAAUAACGCAGCAGUGCGUAUGCAGGCUGGUAUCCAGUUAAAGAAUGCCUUAUACUCCAAAGACCCCUCUAUAAAAGAAUCAUAUCAGCAAAGAUGGCUGGCUAUGCCAGAAGAAGUAAAAGCCCAUGUGAAGAAGAAUGUGCUAGAUACUCUAGGUACGGAACAGAUGAGACCAAGCUCUGCAGCCCAAUGUGUCGCUUAUAUCGCAUGUGCAGAGCUACCACAAAACCAAUGGCAAGAUCUAAUAGACAGUUUAACAAAAAAUGUGACAAAUCCAAAUAGCACGGAGGAAAUGAAGGUUUCCACUUUAGAAGCCAUAGGAUAUAUUUGCCAAGACAUUGACCCUGUUAUAUUACUGAAACAGUCCAAUGAGAUUCUCACCGCAAUCGUUCAUGGAAUGAAGAAAGAUGAACCAAGUGCACAUGUCAGAUAUGCCGCCACUGAAGCCUUGCUGAACUCACUAGAAUUUACUAAAGCUAACUUUGAAAAAGAGUCUGAGCGCCACUUCAUAAUGCAAGUGGUAUGUGAGGCAACACAGUCUAAUAACAUUCAAGUGAAAGUGGCAGCCCUACAAUGUCUGGUGAAGAUUAUGUCCUUGUAUUACCUUUACAUGGAGCACUAUAUGGGACAAGCCCUAUUUGCAAUCACAGUUGAUUCCAUGAAGAGUGAAUUUGAUGAGGUCUCACUACAGGGUAUUGAGUUCUGGUCCAAUGUCUGUGAUGAGGAGGUGGACCUUGCAAUAGAAGCUUCUGAGGCGGAUGAACAAGGCAGACCUCCAGAGAGAACUAGCAGAUUCUAUGCUAAAGGUGCUCUUCCAUACCUGGUUCCCUUACUGUGUAUGUGCCUCACCAGACAAGAAGAGUUUGACGAUGAUGAUGAGUGGAACCCCUGUAAAGCUGCUGGUGUUUGUCUCAUGCUUCUAGCAACCUGUUGUGAGGAUGAAAUAGUUCCCAUAGUGAUACCUUUCAUCCAUGAAAACAUCAAGAGUCCCGACUGGAAAUGCAGGGAUGCAGCUGUCAUGGCAUUCGGUUCAGUUUUAGAGGGCCCUGACCCAAAUAAUUUAAAGAAGCUGGUAGAAGAGGCCAUGCCAAUGUUGAUAGGACUCCUAAAAGAUCCAAGUGUUGUUGUGCGAGACACCACAGCUUGGACUGUGGGGCGUGUGUGUGAGAUUCUACCAGAGGCUGUAAUAAAUGAACAGUUCCUGAAACCAUUGUUAAUCUCACUUGUUGAAGGUCUCAACUCUGAGGCCAGGGUAGCAGCCAAUGUCUGUUGGGCAUUCUCCAGUUUGGCCGAAGCAGCAUAUGAACAAGCUGCCGAACAGACUGCCCAGGAUCACCAUGACGAUAGUGUAGAACCACCCACUUAUUGCUUGUCAUCAUACUUCGAGCCAAUCAUAGAAAAGUUGUUGGAGACAACUGACAGACCUGAUGGCAAUCAACACAAUCUGAGGAGCGCAGCUUAUGAGGCCCUUAUGGAACUUGUCAAAAACAGCCCUAAGGAUUGUUACUUCACAGUACAGAAGACUACCAUGGUGAUAUUAGAGAGGUUACAACAAGUCAUACAGAUGGAGAGUCAUUUGCAGUCCUCGUCAGAUAGAGUCCAAUUUAAUGACCUACAGUCAUUGCUUUGUGCAACAUUGCAGAGUGUUCUACGUAAAGUAACACCUGAGGAUGCCCCCAAGGUGUCGGAUCCCAUCAUGCUGGCUCUCCUGCGAAUGUUUGAAGGUGCAGGACAGGCAGGGGGAGUGCAAGAGGAUGCCCUGCUUGCAGUGUCAACACUAAUAGAAGUGCUAGGUGAGGCCUUUAUGAAGUACAUGGAUGCGUUCAAACCCUACCUAGCAAUAGGACUGAAGAACCAUGCUGAGUACCAAGUGUGUAUUGCUGCUGUAGGCAUUGUGGGAGAUCUCUGUAGGGCUUUAGGCGACAAAGUGCUUCCGUUCUGUGAUGAAUUGAUGCAACUUCUCAUGGAAGACCUCAGUAAUAAUGGCCUACAUAGAUCUGUCAAGCCUCAGAUACUGUCAGUGUUUGGUGAUAUUGCCUUGGCCAUUGGACCUGCAUUUAAAAAUUAUUUGGAGGUUAUCCUGAACACUCUCAACCAAGCCUCUCAAGUUACUGUUACAGACCAGGAUGACUAUGAUAUGAUAGACUACUUAAAUGAGCUGAGGGAGGCAUGUCUGGAGGCUUAUACUGGCAUCAUCCAAGGACUAAAAGGUGAUAUGACAACACCCUCUCCCACAGCUGAUGUCAACCUGAUGUUGCCGCAUAUUGAACACAUCUUUGGAUUUAUUGAGUUCAUUUACAUGGAUGCUGACCACAGUGACGGUUGCAUUGCUGCCAGUUGUGGCAUCAUAGGUGAUCUACUGGUGGCAUUUGGACCCACUAUCCUGCCAAUGGAAAUUAAAGAAUGCACAGUCUUGAUACUGUGGGAAGGAGAAGAAGCCAGGAAAAGGCUUAGUGACAAUAGAAGAGCUGUGAGACCCCACAUGUGUGGAGAUGAGACGCCACAUGUGUGGAAUGUCUAGAGAUGUGUUAGUCUGACUGACUGUCUGAAUGACUUGUUAGUGAAUAAUGUGCGCGAGUGUAAACAUUAAAUGCGCGAAUGAAGCAAGUGUAUGUAUGAGACGUUUGCGAUUAUGAUAUCAUGACACAUCAUCUCAUUUACAUACUCAAUUAGUCCCUAGAGGGGUAUCAUUAGCCCCUAGAGGGGUAUUAUUAGCCCCUAGAGGGGGUAUCAUUCAAUCAGCAUUAAAAUAGCCCCUUUUUGUCAGGUGGCUCUGUGAAACAUACACAAAGUUUAAUUGAAUGCUGAAAAUCUUGGUCUUAUCACAUUAUGCAAAUAAAAUGUAUGGAUUUGGACUAAGAAAAGAAAUGUUACGAAUGCCAUCCCCAAGAGAAAAUUAGACAUUCUCAUGGACUACAUGUUUCAUAUUUAACACUGGACUGAUUCUGUGAUCUAAAUGCAAUGAAAUAAAGCUAGAAUACUUGCUACAACUGAAUUAUUGUUAUGCUGAAACUCAGGAAUCAAUUUUAUAUUGCCAAAAAGUUAUUUAAUAUCAUAAAAAGCUGAUAUUGCAAAGUAUUCUAGCUAGCUGUGCCUAUUAAAGGUCUGCCCUCUCAAAUACUUCCAAAUAUGUCUUAUAUUACUUUCAGGUUUGUCAUUUUGGAUGAUUGACCUUUGCCAAAUUGAACUCCUGCAGUUUAGUUUUCAUAAUACAGAAUGCAUUUACACAAUUCAUAGCUGAUGUUCAAAUGACAUAAUUACAAUAUGAAUAUAUUAACAAAUACAUGUACUCAAAUUCUUGAAAGUAACUUUUUAUGUUUCAUUGUGAAAAUGUCAAGUUACUGUAGGGUAAUAUGGACCUAGUUUGAAGUACUUUAAAGGGCAAGACGUUAAGUUACUGUAACUGCUCAGGGAAAUUCCUCUUUCAAACUUUGCUUCAGCUGCCUUAAUCAUCUCACAAUAGAUGUAUCUCAGAAAUGCAGAUCUCAAUUUAUCAUAGUUAACUUAAAGUGCAUUUUCAUUUGUUAGAUUCACCAUUUGAAUUCUGAUUAUAUACAGAUUUAUGCUAUUCAGUAGGUUUAUGAAAUUACUAUUUAAUAUGUUUCUCGGAACCUUUUGAAUGACCUCUUUUAAUCUAACGAAGAUGGAGAAAUGAAGUAAAGUUUGGAUGAGAAACUUCAUAUUUGGUUCAUUGUCAAAACAUUAUUGCCAAAAUGUAUAUUCAAGAUUUCCAAUUAUCAAAUUGUCAAAUUGUUCAUUCAGAUUCUCUUUGACAUUUAAUGAUUCCAAGUGAUUCUCAGGAGAACUAGUCACAUUGCUCUCAAAUGAAUAUUUACUGUCACAUCUUCCCUGUGCUUUUUGAAGACAAUUUGUAAAACAGUACAAAAUUGAAAAGUUUACUGAAAAUGGAAGUAGUUUCAAUUCAGACUUAUGUAGGAGUUGGAAUCCAUCAAAAGGUUUGCCAAUUUUGAAUUCUCAUGUGCUUUCAAGGGUUUUCAUUUGUGUGCAAUGUAUCAAGAUCUCCAUUUUCUUGUCAAGUCAACAGGGAUGUAUUCUCAGUGUAUAUUCUCCAAUCAUGAAUGCAGUAUUAUUAUGAAUAUGUGUGACACAUUAAUAAAUGUGUGUCAAUGACACAUCAGUGAAUGUGUG